AUGCCGAAUUUUUCCAACAUCGUUGAAAGGUCGAGCAUUGAGCUGGUUCACACGACUCCCGGCCAACUCAGUCGACUCCUUCAACACUUUGGCAUCUCAAUUCACUAUCCAAUUUGCAAGGAGCUGACCACACCAACUGACUUCUUUGGCCUUAUAAGCAUUCGGCAAGAGAAGAAAGAGUCCCUUCGAACAUUCAUGAGUCGAUUCAACAAGGCGGCACUCGAAAUCCGAGACUUGAAUCCUGUUGUGGCUCUCCAUCACCUCACUACCGCCCUGAAACCGAGACCUUUUGCCAACAGCAUUUGCAAGAAACCACCAACCGACAUGGAUGACUUGCGUUGGUGCGCCGAUAAGUACAUGCAGAUGGAGGAACUUGCGGAGUUUCGCAAUCAGGUCAGGGCCGAGGUAGCGGCUAAGGUAGCGAAGCUGGCCGAAAGCUCUUUCCGUAGCCGCCCCAAGGAUCUCGCACUUGCGUCGGAGGUCCUAACAGUGCCGAAGCGAGCCUCGACACCUCGUUCCAACACAACCAAAUCCUGCAAGUAUCAUCGAAACCGCGGCCACUCGACCGAGGAGUGCGCGGCUUUGAGAGAUAAAAUUGAAGACCUAAUCAAACAGGGGCAGCUCCAACGCUUUGUCAACCGACCUCGUUCUCCUGGAUAUCAUGAUCGCCGACAUCGUCGAGAUCAGCCUGACCAAGACAGGUCCGACAGGUGUUCCUAUAGGGAACGGAGCCGGUCGCGAGGCCGAAAGGAAGAUGAGCCGACAACCCAGCCCCAAAGAGUCAUCAACACUAUUGCUGGUGGAUUUGCAGGCGGCGGUUCCACCUCUUCAGCCCAAAAAAGACACUUGUCAGCCGUCCGAGCUGUACAUGUGAUUGAACGCACUCAGAAAAGGUUGUCGGCCAUCACAUUCACUGAAGCUGACUUUAAAGGCAUUGUUCCAGAUCAAGACGAUCCAAUGGUCAUUAGUGUUGAAAUCCAUAACUGCAUCGUUUGGAAAACAUUGGUCGAUCAGGGAAGCUCGGCCGACAUACUCUAUUGGAAUACGUUCAAACAACUCGGCAUACUAGAAGCCGAACUGGUCCCAUACAACGAACCCUUGGUCGGAUUCUCCGGUGAGCGCGUCCAAACAAAAGGGUACAUCAAGCUAUCUACACGCUUCUGUUUCGAUGGAGCCGAAACUAGAAGCAUCUCGGUGAAAUACGUGGUGGUACAUGCCAACACGUCGUAUAAUAUUCUCCUUGGAAGGCCAUCCUUGAACAAGCUAGGUGCAAUUGUGUCGACUCCGCACCUGGCGAUGAAGUUCCCAUCUGAAUCGGGAUGA